GGUAGAGCUGCACAUGUGCUGCUCUGAGUUGGACCCUCUUUCUCUUCAGGACUGUUUCCCUCUGAGAUCAGUGACGUGGACUAUCUCGUACUUGGAGCUUCCUUUUUUUUUUCCCAAAUUAACUGACCUCAAUCCAGAAUCCAGGCGUUUUUUUUUCUGUUUGUGUCAGAGCACUUCUGUAAGGCCUUUUGGUAUCUUUAACCUUUGACGGAGCUGGCCAGCUGAGGUGAAGGGGAGGGCGGAGGAUCCCAGUUUAACCUGAGUGUGGAUAACCUGCCCCCGGAAACAGGACCAUGAUCUGAAGAGGGCGCCGCACACCGAACCCCAUUCUUCCUCUCCUCCUUCUCCCUCUUUUUUUUUUCUUUUUCUUUUUUUUUUUUUUUAAAUUUUAAAUCUGCGGGGUGACAGCCUCCCUUCUCGGCUGCAUCACACAGAGUCGGCGUGCACGGACAGAACAAACGGAGAGACAUUCGAGACUUUGAGGAAGAAAUACAGCGACAGUCAUCUGUGACCUCUGACCUUGCCGCUUACCCCGCUCCUCCCGCCGCCACACCGGAAACAUGGGGAGGAAAAAGAUUCAGAUUCAGAGGAUCACGGACGAACGCAACAGACAGGUGACGUUCACCAAGCGGAAGUUCGGUCUGAUGAAGAAGGCGUACGAGCUGAGCGUCCUGUGCGACUGCGAGAUCGCCCUCAUCAUCUUCAACCACUCCAACAAGCUGUUCCAGUACGCCAGCACCGACAUGGACAAGGUCCUGCUCAAGUACACCGAGUACAACGAGCCGCACGAGAGCCGGACCAACGCCGACAUCAUCGAGGCUCUGAACAAGAAAGAGCACCGGGACUCUGAGAGCCCAGACCCCGAGGAGCCCUUCUCCCUCACCCCCCGCACUGAGGAGAAAUACAAAAAAAUUGACGAGGAGUUUGAUAAAAUGAUGCAGAACUAUAGGCUGUCAUCUACAGUCCCACAGCCCACCUUCUCCAUGCCAGUCACCGUGCCAGUAUCCAAUCAGAACGCAGCGGCGGCGGCAGCCCUCCAGUUCAGUAACAACCCCGGCGGCGCCCUGGUCACCACCACCUCCUUCGUCACCUCCACCCUCACAGACCCUCGCCUCCUGUCACCACAGCAACCAGCUCUGCAGAGGAACACCGUGUCGCCAGGGUUGCCACAGCGACCAGCCAGCGCAGGUGCUCUGCUAGGAGAUCUAGGGAAUUCAAAUGGAGCAUGCCCGAGUCCAGUCCCUAACGGCUACAUCAGUGCCAGGGCCUCCCCAGGCCUCCUCUCCGUAUCCAACGGCAACAGCCUGGGGAAAGUAGUCCCGGCUAAGUCUCCGCCUCCGCCCAGCCCUCAGAUGGUGAACAGCCGCAAGCCGGACCUGAGGGUCAUCACCUCACAGAGCAGCAAGAGCCUCAUGCAGCUGACAGAGGAAGAGCUGGAGUUGGUGAGUGAGAAUGCUCAGCGGCUAGGCGGAUCCCAGGUGGCACAGCCGCUCACCACACCAGUGGUCUCUGUGGCAACUCCCAGUCUGCUAGCGCCCUUCUCUGGCAUGCAGACGGCCUACAACACUGAGUACCAGCUGACGAGUGCAGAUCUCACAGCGCUCCAGACGUUCACACCACCGGGGCUGGUGCCAGGCAACAUGGCUGCCUGGCAACAGCAACAGCAACCAGCAGUCUCCCAGCAACAACAACAACAGCAGCAGCAGCCGCAGCAGCUGAGCUUGGCGUCGCUCAGUAACUUGGUCAUGUGGGGUGCAGAGAAACAGAAUGCGGAGAUGGUUAACUGCAUCUCCAAUUUUGCUGCUAACCUGAGCUUGGCCUCUCAGUCCAACUUGCUCUUUGGCAGGGAGGAGGGCCUCUGCUGGCCCGUGGGCCAAAUACCUCAGGGCGCUGCACUGACAGUCAACACAAACCCAAACGUCAACAUCAAGUCCGAACCUGUCUCGCCAAACCGUGACCGCAGCACUCCCAGCUCCACCAGUGGCGCUGGGGGAGGUGGAGGCGGAGGGGGCCAGGGUCAAGUCCAGGGACAAGGUCUGGUGUCAGUGGCCUAUCCUGGAACCCUGCGCCUGGAAGCGGGAGGUCAGGGUCGCUCGCCCGUCGACAGCCUCAGUAGCAACGGCAGCUCGUACGAGGGCAGCGACCGGGACGACGGAACCCAGGGUCGAGCCGGGGGUCCGGACUUCCACCACCAGGUUGGCGCCGGGGCCCAGCAGCCCACCAUGGUCCUCCUGCGGCCCUCGUCGGCCGAGCCCCAAGAGCAGGAUGGGACCAAUGUCAAGAGAAUGAGACUGGAUACCUGGGUCACAUAAAGAGAUGACCGGAGAGAGAAGGAUGGACAGAUGGAGGAUGGAGAUGUGUACUUGUGGCUUGUGUACAUGCCCCCGCCCGCUCCGACACCCCCAGUCUCCCUGUGCAUACACACACACACACACACACACACACAUAUACACACACCCACCAUCAACCCCGUAACCGACUGCCACACAGGAAAUGCUGACCUCACACACAUAUACACACAGAAAAAGCAUGCUAACACUCUCUCAUGUUGCACAUGUGGACACUGACGCGCACCUGUAAGGCAAUGUGCAUACACAUUUGAACUCUACUGUACUUUCACACACACACACAGAACCCUGAGGGGUUAAGCCACCAAACCAGGGAUUGUUAGUCAAAAUAAUUCCGAUGAACUUGAUUCAGCUGUUUGAAGAGAAGUGAGCGAGUUUUUAAUCAGGCCACUGUGGCAAGUCAAACCCUAAAUUCGGCCACUUGGACUUUUUCACCUGACAGACGUGCCAGCCUUUUCCAGCCCCUGAUCGCGGCUGGUGAUAUUAGCCCACCUUCAUGUCCUUCCUGUCUGUUUAUCCACAGUAGGUUUGGUCAAACACGACAGCGCUGUAUUAAGUCAGUGCCACCAAAUGAGUCCACAUCUUUGUACACGUCAGCCCAACCACGGUUGUAUUGCUAUCGCUCUAGAUUCUUGUUUCUUUUCUAAGAGCCGGGGCCGUUUAACUCUUUUUAAAGCGUGGAGUUUUGUCCUUCUGUCUUGACUGUUGAUCUUUAGAGUUUGGAUUUGUUUCGGUUUUGAAUAUGAAGACACUAAAAGAAAAACUCGCCUCCCUCCCCAGCCGAGCCGGCGACCACGUCAGCAGGACGGCACUUUGGCCCCAAACAAGACUGACAAGCGCCAUGUUUAUAUUUAACGUGAACCGUGCAGACUAGCUGUAAAACGAGGAACAUGAUUCGUUGCCGAGGUAAAAGACUGCUUUUCUUUGAAUCAGGGACGAGCUGCAACAGCUCAGCGACACAUGACGCAGAUUCUCCUAGUUUUGCCCACAUCGUGUCAACUACAGAUGCUGAGAACGGCGGUGUGUUUGUGUGUGUGUGUGUUUGGCGUGUGUGCGUGUGUGUAUACAGGUUUGUUACCUCAACUGGUUGUGUUUUGUUUUUUUGUUGUUUUUUUUUAACAAAGUGAUUUGGGCAAAUAUUCAUUCUCAAUUUGAUCCUUGAACACACAGUGUCCAGUGCACACAGCAGAAAUUAUUUUUGUGAAGCGACUCAUGUUUUGAAUAGAUAGCUGAUGUUCAAAGGGGAGAAUCGUGAGGUACCAUGUAUAUAAGCAAUCUGUAACCUUUGUGGCUUUUGUGUGACAGGGAUAAGGUGUUUUGAAGGUUUAAAAAAAAUAGAUCAUAUACAAGUAUAUAUUUAAACAGCUUCAGGCGGUAGCAAGGGCAGCUCUGCAUCUGAGGCACGAGACUACAACAGACGACAGGGAUUGUAUAUAUAAACUAUAUAUUCGGCAGGAUAUCCCUCAACGAAACCUAAAAAAAAAAAGCAAACAGGUUGAUUCUCAGUGGAUCGGUCUCUUUUUUAUUAUUAUUUAUGCGUGUAAAUAAAGUGUAAUAUGUCCACGAGCCAAGAGAGGGUGCUAUAGAGGCAGAAAGGGAAGACGUAGCCGUGGCGACUCGGACUGUUUUGAGUGAGUAAUGGUUAGGACUCUGUCACUGAUGGAGCGCACUUUACCUUAACCCCCCACCACCCCACCCCCUGCGACACCUGAACACAUCAGACCCAUAGACACACACUGUACAUACACACUGGGGUUAGACUGAUGCACCUGGCUGGCUUCAAGGCUUUCGUUAAAAAUCCAAUAAUCAGCAACUGAGAUACAAAUCAGCACUUUUUAUUUAAUCCUCCAAAUUCUGUUUUGUUUGUAGUUUAUUUUAAAUAAUUUAUUACCAUACAUCAACCAAUCAGAGCUCCUGUUCUGUGUUCCUGUGUUUGAAAUUAACUGAAUUCAUUUUAUUCAGUUUGAUAACAAAACAGAAUCCGUAAAUAUGAAAGCAGAAGAAAAUGAACUGUGAUAUAAAAUAUUACAGGAAGAGAAAUUAGAAAAUUUAACGACAAACACAAAUUCAAAGUGUUUUUUAAGAAGUAUUUUUGCAAAUACUUCAUUAGAUAAUUCACCAUUUUAAACAGGAAUAAUGAAAGAAAUUACUGGAGCAUUUAAUGAACAUUGUGUUAUAUUUUUUUCAAAAUAACAGCUGAGCAGGACCUAGGAAUUAUAAAUGGAAUUAAUCACGGACUAUAAAGCUUUCUCUUUUUAACACAACGAACUGUUUCAUCGCUGUUCUAUCUCCAGAUAUAAUCACCACAUAUUAUCAAGUCAUUUUUUUGCCAUAUCAAAGUUUUGAGUAUUUGCAGCUUCUGUACAAAAAUGCCACCGAUAUCUCUCACAAACAUAUCAGUCAAACUCUAGAUCACACUCACAGAUAAUAAAUGAUGUCCCCCAUCCCCGUCUUUGUUUUAGAGGUUCACCUCUACCUCUUGUGAAAAGCCAUGUGUCUGAGCUUAAAGGAUCUCUCCUUCGCCUGUCACUGUUUGGCUGCAGAGACGUAAAAAGACCAUGAAGGUAACAGGACUGUGAAGGAUGUAACGGGUGAUUUAGGUCUUAGUGAGUAUGUUUCUAAAAACAUAGUGGUCAACGUGCAAAUUCCUGUAUUUAUUUUUCCUGAAAGCACUCUCAGCCUUCAUCCAUGUGCUUGUUAAAAGCUUUGGAGGCAGAGUUUGGAUAUCAUUUGUCGUUAAGCCGGAGGUUUCAGAACGAGUCGUGAUCUUUUAAUGACUACCUCCCAAAUCCAACGCAGACUUGUCGACUUUGGGUUUUACCACAUCCAGCCACCACAUCCUUCUCAUGGGCAGGCCCUCUUCACCUCCCUCUCACCCCUGUCACUCACUCACACUGGUUUUCCUCCCCCCUCUGUGGAAGCUUAAUCUCAAGACGACACACACAGACACACACACACACACACACACAUUUCAUUACACACUCCUUUCCUGUUUACUCCGUCCAGACAGCGGGUGCCAGCGCUAAAAUGACAAGUCAAAUUAUUUUUGGGUCAUUUUCAUGGGUAACACGUUCGCCCCCCCCCCCCCCCCCCCCCAACUCCCAGCCUCAUCACACACUACUCCCAUCAUCCUCUUCUCACUUCAUCUCUGCUUUCUCAUUUUCUCUCUCUCCGUCUGUCGCUCACUCUCAUCCACUCUCUGACAAGUCUGAGUGUCAAUAUUGCUUUUCUGAGCGUGUGGCAGAGUGAACAUAAAUCCCCCGAGUGUAAACACUUUGACUGUUAAGACUGUUGUGCCAUGAGCCUCGAACAAAAACAAAACAACAACAAAAAAAAAAAAAACUCGACCCCGCUUUUAAGGCCACAAGCCAUAGGUUCAUCCAAAAACCAAACCACAUGGCAUCCUUUGCUACGGUCAGCGGGAGAGCCAGAGCUCUAAUGAAGCACUGAUACGUUCUUUGGAACGACACUAGGGGUCGCUGUAAUAACAAAACAGAAAGACAAUCGUGCUGAGAAAUAGUUUUAUGAACCUGCACCCGCCCCCCACCACCCCCCCCCCCCCUGCCCCCCACCCUUCAAAGAAAUGCUACUUGCUCCUGUAUAAUGAUGUUUAGAAGUCUCACUCACUUUCCAGUGUUAAUUUGUGCUGGUGACAGUCUGUUUUAAUUGUUCUCUGAGAAUUGAUAUUAUCAUUAUUAUUAUUAUUAUUAUUAUUAUUAUCAUCAUCAUCAUUACCGCAGCGUCCUCUGACGGUAGCUGUCGUGAUGAUAUAGAAAUUGAGUUUUUUUGUGUAGGUUAGGCAUCUUGUUUUAUUUGGAAUUUGAUUUAAUUUUAUUAUAUAAAAAUAUUCUAUAAAUAUAUUUUUUGUUUUCUCUUUUUUGGGAUUUCUUUUUUCUUUUUUUUUUCUUCAAAAAGGGUGUUACUAAUGUUGCACGAUUUUUACGACAUGAAACAAACAACACACGCGUAGUGAUAUUAGUACGUGUGGCUGUGGACGGAGGCGCUGAACGAGUCGACGGCGACAGACCGCUUCAAUGCUGCAACUUUGAGUCCAAUGUACAAACCUCUUAGUCCACACAUGGUAACAUGAAGUGGGGGGGGGGGGAGGGCAGUGUGACACGUCUAACUUAUUUCUGACCAGACACAAUGAUGUCAAUGCAUGGGCGUUUCAAAACAAGACAAGAGUGAAUUAUGUUAUAGGAAAUAAAAUGUAACGACACAAAUAUACAUCACACAGAAAUACAUUUAAGAAAAAAAAAUGAAAUUGAAGAAAAAUUUAAAAUAAAUUAUAGCUAAUAUAUUGUGUUCGGCUAGUCUGCUUUUUUGUUGUAAAGAUAAUUUUUUGUUGUUUUUGGAGAAUGAUAUACAAUUUGUGUAUAUUUUCAUAAAUAAAGUAUGCACUGAUAUGUUAUUACAAAUUCUAUACUGCUUUUACAAAAAAAAAGUGUUUGUUAUUGUACCAAAGUAUCCAUUGGUCCCCUCUUACCCUCCUCCCCUUUUUGCGUAUGUUUUACCGUAUUUUAUAUAUUAAAUAGACAAGUUGACCUACGGA